AUUUGUUUUGGUCCGGUUAUGUAAAAGGAACGAACGACGGAGCGACGGAUUCUCGGUGCACGCAAGGGAAACCAGGACAUAAGCAUGGAACAACCAACGGAAUCAAAACCAGCAUUUCCGCGUCCGGAAAUGUCCGACGAGGAGCGGAAAUUUCGAUAUCGAGCAUCCGCCUUCCUAGCCGGAGUAGCGGGCAUCGCAGCGGUGGCCGGAUUCAGCAAAACAAUUAUGACGGCCAAGAAGUCCGAUCCACAGUUUUUCGAACGGGGCGUCCAGGGCAGUAUCGCCAUGCAGGAAACCGGUGCCAGUUUGGCGAUGCGAGCCCUCGGGUGGGGGACGCUGUAUGCCUUCCUCGGAACCGGUACCAUUUGCUACGGUAUCUGGAAGCUCACGGGAGCUACGAAUAUGAAAGAAUUCCGCGAAUCAAUUGGAAACAUCUUCCCAAAGAUUCCGAAGAAUGACCCACCCAGGAGUAGAACCGAAUUCGACGGGCUGUCGGAUCUGAUGAGGUACUUGAGCACCUGGGAUAGAAAAGAUAAGUAAGUUCCUAGACUAUUUGGCAUAAGACUUCAGUUAGAUUUAUUAUACUUCCAUGUAAAUAUAGGUAGUAAUAAACAUUAAACAUUAAAACUAAUCAUGAAUUGUUACGAAA